UUGUGUAUCCAAAUCAUUGCCAAAACCAUCGUGUCGGCCGCGCAAUACCCUCACCGCCUGUUGCUGAUCGUGGCUGCUACCCUGCCGCCAUACCUGCUGCUUCACCGUUGCUGCUACCCUGCCUAUACUUGCUGUUUCACCGCCAUACACAGACCCCGUAGCUGCAACCUAGAAGAUCUAUGGCCCCUUGUGAUUGCACGGACUGCAAGAGGAAAGUGGCAGCUGGACUUAAAGAUCCGAACGCAGAGCCUGAGGUUCGUUGGGCGCCGAGGAUAUCCCCAGAUCGUCCAUUGCGACAACGGGACGAAUUUCGUCGGAGCGAGCCGCCACCUCAGCGCUCUGCAGAAGGCGCUCGAGGACGGGGCGGACGCAGUUCGCGAAUUCGCGUCAAGAAAAGUAUGCGAAUUUGCGUUCAUACCGCCUCGAGCGCCGCACAUGGGAGGACUCUGGGAGGCAGGUGUCAAGUCUGCGAAGAGCCUACUCCUACGGGCGGUAGGCAGCGCGCUCUUGACCGCCGAAGAGCUCGCCACAGAGUGGCUCCUCGGGAGGGUGAUCGCCACGCACGCCGGGGAGGACGGCAUGGUCAGGGUCGUCGACCUUAG